GUCGGAUAAAGUAGUUCACACGUGUAAAUAAGCACGGAAGCGACAGUCCCUUCAGUUGUGUGGAGGAAAAUUAGUAUUGUGAUUUUACGUGAAGUCGCAACAGAUAUAUAGGGAACUACAAACAGUAAGGACCCGAAAAAGGCCUUUAUAGACUUUAUUUGACUUGGCUAUGUUUGCUAAUUUGGCUACAUUAAUACCAUCGGCUACUACAGAGCUAAUUAAUGUUAGCUUAAAGCUGGUAAGACUAACGGUAACCUACGUGUGAGGAUAUUUUGCAUGUUUAUAUCCAAAAUAAAGAAAGAAAAAGCAGUUAAUUUUAUUUCUGCCCGGUUAGUAGUAGUAAAUGAGUCGACAGCCACCACUGUUUGACAGCAGUGCAUCGAGCCGUUGUUGUGUGGCGCUGUUCAGCCGCAGUUUGUGUCCCAUUGUACUAUGGACUACACCAGGGAAAACCAAGAGGAUGAUGAUUGUGAGGAGGCUGCCUUUGUUGCGGACUCCUGUAGUUCAGAUGGUGAAGGAGUGUUCGAGUUAAGUGACCAGAGGCAUGGGAGCAGAUGUAAACAAGCUGCACGGCUCAGCAGGGAAAGCUCUCCUCCUCUUCUCUUGGCCUUCUCCAUCACCUCUGGACGGGCUCUGGAGGACAGCAGCCCCAGUCCAGCUUCCAGUACUGCCUUACAGGAGGAGCAGGAGGAGGAGGAGGAGGAGGACAGUGAGCAGCCAGUGGAGGAGUGGAUGAUCCUAGGAGGAGAGGAGCAAGUGGGAGACUCAAGCAUCCAGCUCAACCUUGGCUACUGGAGCAGCUCUGAGGAUGACUCUGGACAUGAAGAUCCAAAUGUGAAGUCACUUAAAGAUACUUGGGCUGUAUCAGAGAAAGACAAGUCUCUGUCCAGCCGCUAUUUUGUGCCUGGUCGUUCUCUGACCUGUCACAUCUGCAACAGGAUGGGACAUCUUGCCAAAAGCUGCUACUACCAUAAGAAAUGUCCCACCUGUGUCCUCUGUGGGAUCCAGGGCCACAUCCAGAGGGACUGUCCGAGCCGCCCCUGCCCCAGCUGUGGGCUGCUUUCACAUGGCCUCAGGCCCUGUGAAAAGCCUCCAGUAUGGAACCAGCACUGCCAGCGCUGUGGGAUGACAGGACACCUCUCUGAUAGUAAUUUUCUCCUCUGUUUCCUGGGUUUACCUCAGGCCUGCCCUGAUACAUGGAGGCAAUACCACAUGACGAUCCGGUUAGAGGUUCCACUCAGGCCAUGGAAAGUCCACAUCCACAAACAUAAGAGAUGCCUCGCUCAUUGUUACAACUGCUCUAAGAGGGGACAUUAUGGCUAUGAGUGCACUAAGAGGAGAAUGGUCAGUGGGAUUUUUCCUUCUCUUCCCUAUGUUUGCCACUAUGACACUAUGGAUGACAUCCUCCAAUGUCGUACCAGGAGGCAGAAAAGAGCCAAAGAGCUUGGAAGUGCAGGAUCCAUACGUCCCUCAGACCAGCAGCACUUGUUUGAACCAACAGGGGAGAGUGGUGAGGAGAAUCAAGCGGUCCAGGGAAGGAGCAGGGCAAAGCAGGAGAAAUUUAGCCAAGCUGGCAGGAGGAAGACGUGGCCAGAGAGGCGCAGAGAGAGACAGGAGGUGAAGAGGCUAAGGAGAAAGGCCCAAGCCAGACGAGAAGGAGUACUACUGGGGAGGUCCCGGGGUAACUCUGAUGACGAAGCAUGCCAUGCAGACCCCUUCAAGUCCCCCCUCCAUGGUCACUGGCAGUCCAUACCCCCUCCACAGAAGAAGAGGAGGGAUGAGGCAAGUGUCAGAAGGAAUAGGAAGAGCAGAGAGGACGAGAGGUGGAAGAAGAGAAGAGGGAUAAAACGUGGAGAUUUAUAUCAUCGUGGUGACACAGACAUUGGCAGUGAAAACCUUCUCUCCCCAAAGCAAAGAGUACGCCACAGAAGAAGAUAAAUUGUGAUUGUUUUUUUAUUCUUUAUUAUUGAAUAGUGAGAAAUGUAACUGGACACUAAAAAAGUGAUUAUGUAUCUCAUGGUCUUUUGAUUGAUUGAGUUAUUUAUUGUUACUAGAAAAAAACCUAGAAUAGCAAAUACAGUUUAAGGAUCGGCAACUUCAGUGUCACUGUGAAUGUACCUUUGUACUUUAACCUUGUCUUGCAAGUACAUAUACUGCUAUUAAAUUGGUGGGCCAAAAUUAAUAAGUUUUCAACAUACAGUAUUCUGGAUAAUGUUUCACACUAUGCCUGCUUUUUUGGCUAAUUUGUAUCCUGUUGUUGAGUGAUUUGUUAUCUCCCUAAAUAUAAUGCUAGCUUUACAUUAACGUGUAAUUUUCUGUCAAGAAAAUACUUGAAAUCAGGUCAAAGGCACAGACCUUUGAUUGGCCCUUUUAAAGCGUGAUGUUUAUAUUGUAAAGACAACGACAAUAA